GUGGGGGGCGGCCGGCAGCGGCCGGGGCCGGAACGAUGACUCUGGAGUCCAUGAUGGCGUGUUGCCUGAGCGACGAGGUGAAGGAGUCCAAGCGCAUCAACGCGGAGAUCGAGAAGCAGCUGCGGCGAGACAAGCGCGACGCCCGGCGCGAGCUCAAGCUGCUGCUGCUCGGCACGGGAGAAAGUGGCAAGAGCACGUUCAUCAAGCAGAUGCGCAUCAUCCAUGGUGCCGGCUACUCGGAGGAGGACAAGCGUGGCUUCACCAAGCUGGUCUACCAGAACAUCUUCACCGCCAUGCAGGCCAUGAUUCGUGCCAUGGAUACGCUCAAGAUCCUCUACAAGGAUGAGCAGAACGAGGCCAAUGCGCUGCUCAUCCGUGAGGUGGAUGUGGAGAAGGUGACCACAUUUGAGCACCAGUACGUCAGCGCCAUCAAGACACUGUGGAAUGACCCAGGCAUCCAGGAGUGCUAUGACCGGCGGCGCGAGUACCAGCUCUCAGACUCCGCCAAGUACUACCUGACGGAUGUGGACCGCAUUGCCACCUCAGGCUACCUGCCCACACAGCAGGACGUGCUCCGGGUCCGAGUGCCCACCACGGGCAUCAUCGAGUACCCCUUCGACCUGGAGAACAUCAUCUUCAGGAUGGUGGACGUGGGUGGGCAGAGGUCUGAGCGCCGGAAGUGGAUACACUGCUUUGAGAAUGUGACUUCCAUCAUGUUCCUGGUGGCCCUCAGCGAGUAUGACCAGGUCCUGGUAGAGUCGGAUAAUGAGAACCGCAUGGAAGAGAGCAAGGCGCUGUUCCGGACCAUCAUCACCUACCCCUGGUUCCAGAACUCCUCCGUCAUCCUCUUCCUCAACAAGAAGGACCUUCUGGAGGACAAGAUCCUCUGCUCACACCUGGUGGACUACUUCCCGGAGUUCGAUGGCCCGCAGCGGGACGCCCAGGCUGCUCGUGAGUUCAUCCUGAAGAUGUUCGUGGACCUGAACCCAGACAGUGACAAAAUUAUCUACUCCCACUUCACGUGCGCUACCGACACCGAGAACAUCCGCUUUGUCUUUGCAGCUGUCAAGGACACCAUCCUGCAGCUGAACCUGAAGGAAUACAAUCUAGUGUGACCAGGCCCCGCCUCUCCACCACGCCACCUGGGUGGCGGCCACCUAAACUUGUGGCUCGAAUUUUUUUUUUUCUACAAAAAUGAGAAAAACGAAAUGACACAGCUGAGAUGCCAGUGUGCCCGUGCCUGGGACACCGCCCUGGUCCCUGUCGCUGCACCUGUGUUGGGAUGCGUGCAGGCCUGGGGCUGGACUGCCUCAUCCUCCUGUUAAGUUAUUGUGCCGGUGGCCUGUGGCCCCCUCUGGACUCCGAGAUGUGGGGGUGGCGGCAAUGGACUGCCCACCCUGGGAAGUGCCUAAUUUUUUUUUUCUUUUUUGAAGAAGAGUAAAACAAAUUCACCUGGCUUCGUGGGUCUCAGAGACCCCUGGCCCAUGACGGUGCCCGAGCUGCUGUUCCUCAUUUGUCCCUCUGGGGGGCUCCCCUCAAGCCCCGGAACCUGAGUCCCCAUCAGGCCAGCCCAGCCCAGUAGGAUGGCUCCAGUGACCUUUAGGGACAGUGGGCGCCAAGGGACUGCCCCAUGUGGUUCUGGGACUCUCAGACAGCAGCAUUUUGCUCCUUUUUUUUAUCAAAAAAAAUUUUUUUUAAUUUUCUGGGUGUGACCAGUGUGGUACCCGUGAGGGUAGGGUGGGGACGUUUUCAGGUUAUUCUCAGGUCUGUCCCCAAGAGGCAGAGAGAGAUGGGGUGCGCACACGGCUCCCCGAGCACGUGUCCCUGCCGAGCCACGCCGUGGAGCUGGGAGCCAGCACUCGCACUUUGGCCCAGGAACACGCUGGUGAGGGGCCCAGGGAGCUGGCCGCGCUGCGCACCGAGCCCCAGGCGGGGGCCAGGUGCCUGGGGCCUGCCGUCCACUGAACACUACAUACACUACAUAGCUUUUAUUUUAGCGUGUUUUUUUUUUUUUCUUCCACACUUGUACCAGUCAGGAACAGAUUGCCAACGAUGCCUCUGACCGGCAUCUCCGUGGCCGCCCUGCCCCUGCCCCUCAGGGCCUGGAGGGGAAGAGCAGGGGCGCUGGGAGGCUUUAGAAGGCAGGCAGCCUCUGCUCCUGGUGACCAGCCCUGAGGGCCACUUCCUCCCACAGGGGCUCCUGUGUCCUGUAAGGGCCCUUCCUGCUGUGCACCCGCUGGGGGUCCGUGCCAUAAAGCUCCUCACGGGGGCUUGAGCGGGCGUGCGGAAGCUUUGUCCACACAGCCCAGCAUCUCGCCAUCACAAAGAAGGGAACGGGAAUUGGGCCUGCACCAGCAAUGUUAGCCCUUUGUGGUGCCAACCUGGUGGCGAGGCCCGGUGUGCCAAGCACCUGGGAGUGUGUGCGGUCCCAGGAGAGCCAAGAAGGCAGUUUUUGGAGCAGUGCCAACCCUGGUCGCACUGCCCGGGCCACACCUGGCCCCAGGUUGGCAGUCCAACCACAGGGAGCCCAUGUUCUGGGUCCCUCCCCAGAUGUCCCCGUGCCAACGCCGGUACCCAAGGCCAGCUGGCCAGCCCGGAAAUGUGCCCUGGUCGCACUUGUAUAUUACACAGUCUUUAUUUCAGAUAACCUAAACCUUAACCUAUUUAAGAAAGAAUGUUCUCUAAGAUGCUGUUUUUAAACCUCUCAUUUGAGACGCAUGUGCCGAGUGGCAGGGGACAGGGAGGUGUUGGAGUAUGGUGGCUUCAGCCCCAGCCCUGGAGGACCCGGGCUGCACAGCAGGCUGGGUCCCAGCCCCUAAAUCCACAGGUCCCUGAGAGAA